AUGCCUCCCUCUGAGGAGUCCAUCCUGAGCAAUUUCCUGCUCUCUCCAGCCCCGCUACCAACAGUCAUCUCGCUGCAAAAGUUCACAGAGCUCUUCCCAAAGCGCUUGAGAUCCCAUCCACACAUCAGGACUUUGUAUCGGGAGCUGCAACAGGUCCGAGAACAGGACAUGGAUCGAGUCAAUGAAAACAUCGACAACGAGAUCAAGCAAGGUGAAACGCAAAGAGCGGAGCUCCGAAAAGCCAUUCUAGCCACUGGAGUCGAAGCCUCAAGUUCCGAAGAGCGUGAAAUGGACAUGGAUGUUCAUCUGUUUGGCCAACCACCUACUGCUGUACCGGGAAAUUAUCACUCAGUAGCUAGUCUCCUGGCUGAAAUGGAGACGGCCAGCGCUAAUGUCGAGCGUGAAAUUGCUGGGAUCGAUCAAGAGGCUGCAAAGAUUUUAGCUCAGCUCAAUACGACUGUUGGUGAUAUGAGCGAUCUCCGUUACGGCAAAUUACAGGGUCCUAGGACUGCCGAAGAUAUAUCUGGGGAGGCUAUUAAGGGCCUGCAGAACCUUGAGGAUGUUUGCUAUAAGAAUAGCGCUUCUUGA